AUGCCGUUGGAUGCUGUGAUAUGUGACAGCUGCUCACUUGAAGUUAAAAUGUAUUGCAAGAGCUGCGAUCUGAAGCUUUGUGCAGACUGUGGUGGAAAACACGUGGCGGAAAAUAUCUCCGAAGGACACAGUAUUGUGGCAUAUUCAGAGAGAUACGCAGAGCCUGUCCUGCCAAACUGCAAAGAUCAUGGAAAUGCCUGUACCUCUUUGUGUGCGGAUUGUAAAAUUGCUGUUUGUGCAAUGUGUAUAAUAGAAUCACACGAGGACCACCAAUGCACAGAUCUAUUAAAAGAAAGCAUAAAAAAGCGUCAAACUAUUCAAAGAGACACUACAGAACUAGAAAUGUCGAUCAUUCAAACGCUUCAGAAUUUAUUUGAUGAAAUGUUGAAAAAGAAAGACCAGUUUAAACAGCAUUGCGAACCACUGAUCUUAGCUGUCAAAAACCAGGGAGCGAAAAUCCACAUGAUUGUCGACAGAAUAGUAGAAAAUAAGCUGGCUGAACUCAAUAAUAUUAUGCAGAACCAAAUCACCGUUUUAGAAAAGAACAUAGAAGAAAUAUCCAAUCUUUUGGGAGAAGCAAAAUCGCUAGACGAUAAGCUCCGAAAAAGUUUGCGGGAAAAUUUUGCAGCUGAAUUCCUCCGCUUUGAAUUGAAUCUUGAAAAAUUUGAUUCACUCAACAUCAAUGAUGCAAAUCUUCCUGAGUUCAUCCAAAAAAGUAUAGAUGGAGAAACAAUUGCUAAUAUGUUUGGAGAUUUAAAGAUCUGCAAAGUUAAAAGCCAUAAGAAAAUUUCAAUAAGGAAAAGUAAAGAUUUUCAAAGAGGAGCCAAGCCAUCAGAUGUCGUCGUAGGAACUAUCAAAAGUGGCCUAGGACGCGCAUCACUUGUGGCUUGUAUAAACAAUGAAGAAUUGUGGGUCGCUCGAAGAUCAACCUUGAGGCGAAUGAACAAGAAAAACGAAAUUCUAGAGGAAGUCGAAUUAUCUGACGGAAUUGCACUAGACAUAUGCAUCCUAUUAUACAGGGAUCUGGUGCAUAGUAACAACUACAUGAAAACGAUAAAUGUUUAUAGAAAUGGACAGAUCGACACAUUAAUCAAACUCGCUAAAUGGAGUCCGUUUGGUAUGUGCGUCACCUCUGCAGGCGAUCUGUUGGUCUGUAUGAGAAGGGAUACUGAUCACCUAGGAAAAGUUGUCCGCUUUUCUGGGUCCAAUUGCACACAAGAAAUACAAUACGUCACUAAAAACAAACUACUUUUUAGUACGAUGGCUUCUGUUCUCUUUGUAGCUGAAAACAAAAAUUCUGAUAUCUGUGUUUCCGAUCCCGGAGGUGAUGCAGUCAUUGUUGUCAACAAAUCUGGAAAUCUCAGAUUUCGAUACUGGUUCAACGAGAUGUUCGAAUGCUUCACCCCAUAUGGAAUAGUCACAGACACCAUGUCCCAAAUCCUGGUAGCUGAUCGUGACAACGACUCUAUCCAUAUAAUUGACUGUGAUGGAAAGUUCUUACGCUGUAUCACAGGCUGUGGUCUCUAUCAGCCAUUUAGUCUUAGCAUUACAAAGAAUAACUUAUUGUUUGUAAGUAGUGGAACAGAGGACAAAAUUUCAAUCGUAGAAUACACAGACUGA